AUGCUGUUUAAUUUAUUUCUGGUGUUUGGCUCGGUCAUCGCAAUUGCAGAAUAUUACAAUCACAGCAUUAUCCCAUACAUAGACAGGACCGGUAAUGGAGAUGCUUACUCGGACUAUAAUGCCGAAUCCUCAAUGAUAUCCAUAACCGAAUCUAGUGCACUUGAAGGAAGAACAGGCAACUUUACAGCAGAAGCCAUUGGCGAUGGGAAGAGUGAAAGGCUCGAUCUUUCUAGUCUAGCUUCAAGCAAGGCUGAUUCUCCUGCAGGAGCUAUCAAAUCAUUAAGGAUAGGAAAAUUUAAAAUCAAUCCCGAAAACAUCAGCGAUUUAAUUCAUCGUGAGAUGGCUGACAUGAGCCCUGAUCUUCAUAACAAGAUUGUAAACACUCUAGAACGCAACAGCGUUGACCGAAGGAGAUACAGAGAUCUUUUUCUUAUAAAGAAAAGGGUCAUUGAUGAUGGGAGAAGGAAGAUAAUCAAUUUCAACAUCAAAGAAAAGAUUAUCCCAAAGGAGGCUGAAGAAGAUCUUCCUAUCACCAGAGACUUUGGAACAAGGGCAUUACUUGGAGGAAUAAUGUUCCUAUUAGCAGGGCUAGUAUUUACAACAACCUUGAAAAUGUAUCAGAGUCUUAUAAGAAAGAACUACUUCAGUUUCGACGAAAAGGGGGAAAUGUUUACAGAGACCAAGCAGCCUUCUUAG